AUGAUCAAGGCAAUUCUCAUCUUCAACAACCAUGGGAAGCGGGAGCUCUACGAGUUCUACCAGCCUUACAGUGAAGAUACACAACAGCAAAUCAUCAGGGAGACAUUCCAUUUGGUAUUUGAAAGAGAGGAAAAUGUUUGUAAUUUCUUAGAAGGAGGAUUAUUAAUUGGAGGAUCUGACAACAAACUGAUUUAUAGGCAUUAUGCAACAUUAUAUUUUGUCUUCUGUGUGAAUUCUUCAGAAAGUGAACUUGGCAUUUUAGAUCUAAUUCAAGUUCACAAUAUUCUUGCAGAAAUGAUGAAUGAGAUCGUUACACAAAACGAUGCACAAAAUAAAUUAGACAAAUCUGAGGCUGGCAUAGCAGGAGCACCAGCCCAUGCUGUAUCAGCUGUAAAGAAUAUGAAUCUUCCUGAGAUCCCAAGAAAUAUUAACAUUGGUGACAUCAGUAUAAAAGUGCCAAACCUGCCCUCUUUUAAAUAA